AGUCUCCAAACCCACUCAAAACACUUAGAGAUCAUAUUUUAUAUCAGGUGUUGCAUAUAUAACCAAGAGAUUAGGAGAACAAGUGUUUACAGUACCGGCGAUACACAAAAUUGUUCAAAAUGAAAUACUUGUGCGCAAUUUUCGCUAUUUUCUUCCUUAUGGCUGUUUUUGCAGCUGCUGAAGAACCAGAAGUUCGUCCAAUGUUGAGCGUCCGCGCACCUUCCGUAUCAGCUGGCCCCCUCGGAGCUUGUGAAUGUAAUUCUUGUAACCGGUACUGUUCCAGCAACAAUUACAUAGGAGGAUUUUGCUAUUUAACAAGCUGCUAUUGCGUCAAGUACCAGUAGUAAAUUCUAAUUAAUCCAGAUAUCCGUUUCUGUUUAAAAUAAUAAAUAAAUCAAUAAUUUCUGUAUCGAUCUUUCUA